AUGGCACCCAGGGACCCUGCCGCCCAGCCCUUUCCAUGGCACCCAGGACCCCCGAGGCCCAGUCGCCUUCUUGAGACCCAGGACUCCCACCGCCCAGCUCCUUCUCUGGUACCCAGGACACCCAAAGCCCGGCCCCUUUUUUGCACCCAGGACUCUGAUGCCCAGCACCUUCCUAGCACCCGAGACCCCCGACCCCCUCCCUGGAACCCACGACCCCCAAUGCCCGGCCCCCUCCCUGCACCCGGGACCCUGACGUCCAGAUCCAUCCCUCACACUCUGGACGUUGACAUCAGCCUCUUCCCAGGCACCAGGGACCCUCGACACCCUCCCUGGCACCCGUUCCCCCAUCGCCAUGCCCUCCCUGGCAUUCGAGACCCCCAACAUCAGGCCCCCUCCCUGGCACCCCUGAUCCCCAAUGCCCGGACCCAUCCCCAAUGCCCAGCCCCUUCCCUGCCAGUACCCCUGAUGCUGAGCCCCUUCCCUGGCACACAGGACCCUCGACACCUGUCCUCUCCCUGGCACCCUGGACACCUGAUGCCCAGCCCCUCCCUUGCACCCAAUGUCCAGCGACUCCCAUUCACUCAGGACCCAUGA